AUGGCAACAGGUGGAAAUUCAUAUGUCAAAACAUGGAGGUAUCAGGGUUUUAUUGUCCUUCUUACAUCUGCAGCUUGUGAGUGGUUUUUGAUAUUUCUGUUGCUUGUGGAUGCCUUGCUAUCAUAUCUGCUUACAAAGUUUGCAAGUUAUUGCCAAUUGCAAGCACCUUGUUUGUUAUGCUCUAGGCUUGAUCGUGUCUUCUUAGGUGGUGAAAAUUCAGAGUUCUAUCAUUUUCUACUUUGCAGCAGUCAUAGAUCAGAAAUUUCAUCUCUUAUAUCAUGUCAAAUUCACAAUAAGGUUGCUCAUGGUCAUGGGAUGUGUGAUGAUUGCCUCUUGUCUGUCACCACAAAGACUGAACCGAACCCAAAAACCCAGAGGUUGUUGAUGGGUAAAUUGGGUGUGGAUCUUGGUGGUUGUGGUUUCCAAAGCCCAUUGCUAAGCAAAGCGUUGUUUACUGGCUCUAAGGGCUCAAGGACAUGUACCUGUUGUGGUAUGCUUUGGAAGUUAGAACAGAAUACCCCAAAAUCUAUCCUACUAAAAUCACCGGGGAGAGCUGUUCAUAACCAAUCCAGUUUUGAACCAUUGUCUCAUGUUGGGUACACUGAGGUGGAACUCACUUCUGAUUCUGAGUCUGACUUUCCAUUUUCUGAUGAUGAUGGUGAAGGUAGUGUGUUUCGUGAAAACAUUGAAGCCAGCAAUGAUCCUAGAGCAAAGUGUCUUCCGAGUGAUCUGAAUCCAGCAAAUCCAAACAAUGAUUCCCUCAAUCCUGUGCCUUUGCUUUUAGAUCCAUGUAUGGUGCCUCACAUCAGUAAUCACCAUGGUGUGAAGUUCCUGAGCUCCGAUGCUGUUAAUGUCCAUGGUAUGGAUGAAGCUGAGGCUUCUAGCUCUGAUGGAACUCAGGUACUUCAAAAGUCAGCCUCAGUGGGAUCUGGCCUUGAAUCUAUGGAUGGAAGCAAUAUCUCUGAAAUUGAAGGGGAGUCCUUUGUUGAUAGAUUAAAGCUACAGAUUGAGUAUGACAAAAAAUGCAUGAAUGCUUUAUAUAAAGAAUUGGAGGAAGAAAGAAAUGCAGCUGCAAUUGCUGCAAAUCAAGCAAUGGCUAUGAUUACAAAGUUACAGGAGGAGAAGGCUGCAUUGCAUAUGGAUGCUUUUCAAUAUUUAAGAAUGAUGGAAGAGCAGGCAGAAUAUGAUGGAGAUGCAUUGGAGAAAGUUAACAAUCUACUGGAAGAAAAAGAAAAAGAGAUAAAAGAUUUGGAAGCAGAACUAGAAUGGUAUAAGGAAAACUUGACUGACGAACCUGUGGUCCAGAGUAUUCACAAUGAAAUUUGUGAUUUGAAAGGAGACAACAUCACUGUACAAAAUGUUAGUGUACCUGACAUCACAAGUACUGUGGAAAUUUCUUCUGAUGCAAAGAUCACCGAGGUAUCCAAAGUCAGUGAUGAAGCUGUGGUUGUUGAAACCUCAUCUAUAGAAUUUGAAGAGGAAAAGCUAGACAUUUCACAAUGUUUGAAAAGCUUGGAAAAGAAGCUUCAUCAAAUCUAUUGUACCGGGAUUUCCUCCAAUAUGCCAAAUGGUAAAUCGAAUCAACAAGGAUACUCUAUUGUGGAAAGACCUCAAUUAGAUGGUCUGAUUGAAAAGACUGAUUUCUCAAAACAGAAAAAUAUUUGUACAAAUGGAAGUGUUACUGAUCAGGAUGACUCAGUUGCUUCAGAUAGUGAUGAUUGUUCUCUUGAUAAAGAAAACAUUCUUUCCACCUCUGUUGGACCAAAAUGUUCGACGCCCAGAAGAAAAGUUGAUUUGGUUUCUUUAGAAAAUGAAAUAUCAGACCUUAAUGACAGGUUGGAAGCACUCGAAGCUGAUCAUGAUCUUCUUGAGCACAUAUUAAAUUCUCUUCGGAAUGGAAGCAGUGGACAACAAUUUAUUGAGGAUAUAGCUCAUCAAUUGCAUGAGCUACGGAAAAUUGGGAUAAGAUUAAGGUGGUAAGCAUAUAAACAGAAGUCCUUUUCCUUUCUUUUAGAUGUAUGCAAGAUCAGAAUGCAGCUUAAAGAAAAAAAUUGUAGUCUAUGCCACUAGGAAAUGUUUGGGCAAACAUGACAGAAUCAUAUUUUACUUAUUUGGUUUGCCUGCAUAUUAUAGAGAAACAGGACAGAAUCUCAGGCAUGGGUAUCUAUGUACCUGCUUGGAACAAGAUUAUAGA